UUUGCAGGAGCAUGGACAUCCGCAACAACCUGACCAGGCUGAACAUGCUGGAGAACUGCACUGUGAUCGAGGGCCACUUGCAGAUCCUGCUGAUGUUCAAAACCAAGCCCGAAGAUUUCCGCGAGCUCAGCUUCCCCAAGCUGACCAUGAUCACAGACUACCUGCUGCUGUUCCGUGUCUACGGCCUGGAGAGCUUGAAGGGCCUCUUCCCCAACCUCACUGUGAUCCGAGGGACUCACCUGUUCUUCAACUACGCCCUGGUGAUCUUUGAGAUGGUUCACCUGAAGGAAAUUGGCCUCUACAACCUGAUGAACAUCACUCGGGGCGCCGUGCGCAUUGAGAAGAACAACGAGCUCUGCUACCUGUCCACCAUCGACUGGUCCAGGAUUUUGGAUUCUGUAGAAGACAAUUACAUCGUGGCCAACAAGGAUGACAAAGAAGAGUGUGGAGAUGUGUGCCCAGGCACCGUGAAAGGGAAGAGCAACUGUCCCCCCACGGUGAUAAACGGGAUUUUCAUCGAGCGCUGCUGGACGCACGAUCGCUGCCAGAGAGAGUCAGGAGCUGCCCAGAGCUCACCAGCUUAA